AUGUCCACAGGUAUAGCUUUGUGCAAGGUUGUCAAUUUCGUCGAAAAGGUUUCCAUCACCGUUUCCUUCCUUCAUCUCGGCGCCYUGGCYAUCGAUCGCUUCCUCGCUGUAUUCUACCCAUGCAAGUCAAUGGUCUCUAUCAGAUCUUCUAAGAUUACUGUAGCCAUAAUAUGGGGCUUCUCUAUCUGUUACUGGGGACCGAUUCUCUACUUCGGGGGUCUCGGAGUAAAAGAUGGACAAACGGUGUGUGCCGUCAGAGAGUUCACUCCCUACUGGGAAUAUUGGUACGUGUUGUUUCUUGUUCUUCUGUUCGCUACACUCGUGCUUAUACUGGUGUUGUACUUGCUUGUGGCCUUCAAGCUGUGGCUCCGUAAGCUGCCUGGACACCAGAUGUCUUCUAUACUGAAAGGAGUGGAUCGUUCCAAGAGGCGUAUGGCACGGAUGAUUUCAAUUAUCGUUGCAGCUUUUUAUAUUUGCUUUUUACCUUACUGGAUCGGGUGGAUCUCUUGUUCGUAUCUCGUAACACAACUGAAAACAACCUGCAACCCUACUUAUGAGUUUAUCAGUAUUCUGUUACUGCACUCCAACUGUUCCAUCAAUCCAAUCAUCUGUCUCUUGUUCAACUUACAGUAUCGCUUGGAGUUGAAGAUCUCUUUGCAGGAUCCUCUUGGUCUACGCGUUAAAGCGAUGAGGAUUAGUUAUCGAAGGCGCAAGACGUCCGARCCAUUGUCACGAUAA